AGAUGCAACGUAUUUUUGGAUAUGUAAACAAGUUUAUAACAAGCAGAAUCUCACCAAGAACUUCGCAACUCACGUUUGAGGAUAUUCAUCGCGGUACUCAAUUGUUGAUUCGCAUCGUUCAAAGGGCGCAGUUGUGGUCCGAGUAUGUGGCUUUGAAAAACAAUAAGUGUGUUCACGCCUCAAGCCCCAUCGCUUCGCUGUCACCAUUUUUAGAUGAUUUUGGCCUUAUUCGUGUAGGUGGCAGACUAAGACAUUCAACGCUCAGCUUUGAAGCACGUCAUCCAUGCAUCCUUCCAAGGGAUCACCCACUGACAUUCGCCAUAAUAACACAUUAUCACCGUAAGUACCACCAUGCAGGUCCGCAGUCUUUGCUUGCUUCUCUUCGCAUGCAGUUUUGGCCCAUAGGAGGAAGGAAAACUACUGCGCGAGCCAUACGAAGGUGUAUCAUAUGUUGUAGAUCAAAACCGCGUCUUCUCGAGCAUAUCAUGGCUGACUUACCUAAAGAGCGCAUUCAGACUACACGCGCUUUUAUGAUAACUGGGGUAGAUUAUUGUGGCCCAUUUUAUUAUAAGUCUGAAAUUCGCAACAAAUCUCCACAAAAAUGUUACCUGAGUGUCUUCAUCUGCUUUUCAACAAAGGCAAUUUGGAUAGAACUAGUAAAAGAUCUUUCUACUGACGCCUUUUUAGGCGCUCUCAAACGCUUCGUCGCUACGCGCGGCAUACCUAGCUGCAUCUGGUCAGACAACGCCACAAACUUUGUGGGCGCUAGAAACGAGUUAAACGACUUACGAAAUUUAGUCCUCAAUGAAAAUCAUCGUAGCGCAGUUAAUAACUACUGCAUUAGCAAUGGAUUUGAUUGGCGCUUCAUACCGCCUCGUUCGCCGCAUUUUGGGGGCCUAUGGGAGGCAGCGGUUAAAACAGCCAAGCAGCAUCUAUAUCGUUCAGUUGGGUCCUCAAUUCUUGGAUUUGACGAAUUGCGUACUUUGGUAUGUCAAAUAACAGCUAUAAUAAAUUCGCGUCCUCUUGUUCCACUUUCAGAGAAUCCAGAAGAUCUUGAUGUGCUUACGCCAGGUCACUUUUUGAUUGGUGGCCCACCAACCGCUUUUCCUGAACCCAAUCUUACGUCGCUGAAUUAUAACCGGCUCAAUCAAUGGCAACGCGUAUCCUACAUUCAACAAAUUUUCUGGAAGCGUUGGAGUCAAGAAUAUCUAACUAUUCUACAGCAGCGAGUUAAAUGGCGGACGCCUCAGCCUAGCAUCCAGGUCAACGACAUUGUGUGCAUCAAAGAGGAAAACACGGCUCCACUAAAAUGGCCUUUGGCACGGGUAGUCGAACUCAUCACUGGAACUGACGAUGUUGCACGAGUAGCCGUCUUGCGUACACCUACUGGCAUUACACGUAGAGCUAUCAAUAAGCUGUGCGUCCUUCCUGUAAAUGCUUCUGUUGAAAGCCCUGACCUUUCAACGGGGGGGAGGAUGUUCGGAGCAGCAGCUAAUCCCGCUACACAACCUACAAACUAACUUCUUAACUAUAGCCAAUAUUUAUAAUUUAUAUAAGCUGGUCACCUUAAAAUGUUAUGUUAGCUGGUCACCUUAAAAUGUCAUGUUAUAUUAUUUUUCAGUUUUUAUACAUUCCUUACAAUAUUCCUUUUCGCUUAACGGCAUACAAAAAUACAAAGUAUACGCAGGCUUUUACUUAGCAUAAGAUAUGUAUACAUAACAUUACUUAUCCUUUCGCUUGCCUAAUACAGUUACAUAUGCCCAUAUAUAUAUACGUGCAAAUAUUCGCAAAUUAUCAUAAGCAGUUGAACUUUUUGUAAACACGGCCACGCAAUUAAAUUAAAAUUAUAACGUAUUAAAAAACUUAGUUUUUAUUUCGCAACAUAUA